AUGUCCUUCAAAACCCAACCACCGUCCCCAGCAACCGCCAUCCUCACCUUCCCAUCCCCGCACGUCCUCCUGGUGACCCUAAACCGUCCCCGCGAUCUAAACUGCAUAAACGGACAAGGCCACGCAGAUCUACACGCAGUCUGGGAAUGGCUAGACGAAGAGCCGAGUCUACGAGUCGGCAUCUUGACUGGGAAGGGAAGGGCAUUUUGUGCCGGUGCUGAUUUGAAAGAAUGGAACAACCGCACCUCCGACUCAAAUUCCUCCACCUCCUCGACACCACAGCCGCCAAGCGGCUUCGGUGGUCUAUCCCGUCGCAAAGGCCGGAAACCAGUUAUCUGCGCGGUAAACGGGCUCUGUCUUGGGGGUGGUACGGAAAUGAUCGUGAAUGCAGAUAUAGUGAUUGCGUCUUCGCGGGCACUGUUUGCGUUGCCGGAGGUGAAGCGGGGGGUUGUUGCGUUGGCGGGUGCGUUGCCGCGACUUGUGCGGACGAUUGGGAAGCAGAGGGCUAUGGAGAUGGCGUUGACGGGACGGAUGGUUGGUGCUGAGGAGGCUGAGAGAUGGGGACUUGUUAAUUUUGUUGUUGGGGUUGGUGAGAAGGAUUCGGAGGAGGUUGUGGGGGAGGCUGUUGUGAGUAGGGCUUUGCGGGUGGCGGAGGAGAUUGCGGGGAAUAGUCCUGAUUCGGUGCUUGUCAGUCGGGAGGGGAUUAAGCUGGGUUGGGAGGGGAUUGGGGCUGAGGAGGCUUCGGCCAUGUUGAGUGAGACUUGGGUUCGGAGGUUGUAUGAAGGGGAGAAUAUUAAGGAGGGGCUUAGGGCUUUCGUGGAGAAGAGGAAGCCUGCUUGGGUUAGCAGUAAGUUGUGA